AUGGAUUCAACCAUGAGUGGUGGAAACGACGGCAAAUCGACACCUUUGCUCGGCCAUCAAUCACAAUCCGACUCGGUUGGCGAGGUUUUGCUCAUGGAGAACAUGCCCCCAAUACCCACCGCCACCGCGACAGGAGACAAGUGGACCGCAUGCACGCCUGCGGAUGCCUCCAAUGACACCGAGAAGGAUGCUGCUACUGCUGAGCAACCACCAGCUGCGGUUGACGCGGCACCCGCCACGAAUCUCGAGCGCACCGCUGCCAAGGACCAAGGCGCCGCAGAAGCCGUUGCCAAAGGAAAAGAAAAGGAACACAUGGCUCCUGCACCGCCUGCAAAGGAGAGGCGCAAUUCAGUCUUGGCCAUCGGCCCUGCCCAAGAUGACAUCACGACGACCCCUGACCCUUGCGACGGCCCCGUUUGCAACAUCACGCUCCUUCUGACGUCUGGCAGCCGCCAUCCCUACAAAAUCGACGGCAAAUAUCUCACCAGGCGAAACGUGGUCAUUCCCGACGCGACAGAAUCCGGACUGCCCGAUCCCUUUAGUAUCAGCAUUUAUACGUUGAAGGAACUCAUCCUACGAGAGUGGCGGAGUGAUUGGGAGGCGAAGCCUGCUAGUCCCAGCAGCAUAAGACUAAUCCAUUUCGGAAAGCUCCUGGAUGACAAGGAGCCGUUAAAGAAAUACCAACUCAGCACCGAAAACCCCAAUGUUGUUCACAUGAGCAUCCGACCCCAGGAUCUUGACGAAGAAGAACCCAAGUCUGGGAGCAAGAGCCUUGCUGGCGGGGGCAGUGAUGGGCAGCGAUCCAGAUCAAACGGACGGUGCUGUGUCAUUUUAUGA